AUGGCCAUGGACCUUCCGCAAGCCCUCACCUUGAUCGUCCAGUGCCUCGAGUCACCACGCGACGUCGUCGCCUUUCUGUAUGCGCUGCCACCUGCCGCACUGGACGCACCACUGGCGGCAAUCUUGGAGCUUCUGGUGCGACCGAGCAUGGUGGCCCACAUGUGGCCGAAGCUCAACCUCGUCGACUUGGCGAGCAUCGACACUCCGCUGGCUCGAGUGGCGCUACCCGUGUUCACGUCCGUACGCAGCUCAGAACUUGAGUACUUCACGUGCCUGGCAACGGCGCCACCACCCGACGACGACGAAAAAUACGAGGAAAAAUACGCCGUGUCCCGGUUCAUCGAGUUUGCUUCGCAGUGGCCACUCAAGAUGACGUUCGUGGACGCAACGUGGCGGCGCAAGGUCGGCUCUGCGGUCUUUUGCAGCCUGCUACAUCGCUGCACGCGCCUCCGUUCGAUCGAGUUGGACGGUGGCGAGAACGCCGGCGACGUCCUCGCAGCCGUCACGACGCCCGCUCACCGCGUGCGCUCGCUUUGCGUCGAUAUGACGACAGCCCCCGCUGCGGGCGACUGGAGCUCGCUUUUGAAGCCGUGGCUCACCAGUGGCCACGCUCGGCACAUUACUUUUCUAAGCGGAAGGCAUCUUGGGGACGGGGACGCCGCGGCGCUUUCGCUGGCACUCGCAACAACCUCCUCGCUGCGAGGCCUCGCCAUAUGGGGCGCCGACGACCUUGUCCGUGCGCUUCUUGUCUUGAAUCGGCCACUGCAUCACUUUACCGAGAUACAAGUGGAGACGUCGAGUGUCAAAUUCCUUGGCUUCUUCUUGACGCGUCUGGAUUUUACCAAGUUGACAUCCCUCAAGUUGGAUUGCAGCACGGAUCACGCAGACACUCUACGUCUCGUGCGACACAUGCCAUUGCUCCGCCACCUCGCACUGACCAACGGCUGUGUCGGGUUUGCAUUCGCUGACGCGUCGACGUGGCCGGACCUCGAGAGCAUCGCCUUCGAACGCGUCUCCUUGGCUUCGACCGCCCAGAUCGCGCUCCAGGCGUAUUUCGACCGUGUACAAAAUCUCCGAGAGGUGUCGUUCGAAGGCCCCGAGAGCAUGGCGGCAACGUCGUUCUUUGAUUGGAGUUACGCACUGACUCAAUUGAUCGCCAAUGGACUGACGGUGGCGAAGCUCAUGGAUACCGACCUCGACGACACGUGCGCUGCCCUUCUCGCACUUGCGCUGCGCGAAGGGUGCAAUGCGUCGUCGCCGCUUCAUCUGGACCUCACCGAGAACGACAUUGGCAUCAAGGGCGUCGGCGCGCUUGUAAAAGCCCUUGCAACGUGCCUCUACGUGCGAAUCGAGAUUGUAUGCAAAAGCUUCGACCUUCUCGCACCGUACAAGGCCGAGAUUGAAGCGUUUGCCGCCUUCCAUGGUGUGGCGACGACUAUCACGAACGAGCUCUAUACGUUGUGCAGCCCUUCCACACAUUUUCAGUACUAUGAUGCGAUGUAGCGA